AAGAAAAGAAAAUCACACACUUUUUCUCUCUCUCUCUCUCUCUCUCUCUCUCUCUCUCUCUUCGAAUUCUUCAUCAUUUCAACAAAUCAUCUCUCUCCUCCGAUCAAAACUCAAAAUCAAAAUCAAACCUUUCAACUCUUCGCUGCUUACUAGAUCUGUGUACAAUAACAACACCACCACCGAAGAAAAAAGAACCAUUUCCCCCUCCUCAAACCACCGGAAACCAAACCCUAAACUACCCAAUUUUUUUUCGUUGGGUCCGCUUUCUUGUAUGAUUCGUUGAAAGUAAAAAAAACUUCCAGAUUUUCUUCGCAGAUUUUGUUAGUUUAGGUUUGAAUUGAAACCUCAUUUCCAUUAGAAAAGAAAAAAACCCGUAAAGGGUUCGGCAUCCAAUAUCUCAGCGAUCCAGAGGAUAGAAAACCCUAGCUUCGUAGUUUUAGAGAGAGCACAGAUUCUUGUAAAUUCUUUUUUCGUGUAGUGAAAAUUCUUCUUUUUUCUUUUCCCUCUUGUUUGUGGGUUUGAAAUUUGGUGGUGAUGAACAACAAUAGAGCGCGGUACCCACCUGGGAUCGGAUUAGGUCGUGGAAAUGGUGGUUUCAACACUGGGUUUCAACCAAGGCCACCUCAACAACAGUAUGUGCAAAGGCACAUCAGCACUAUCAGCAGAAUCAGCAACAACAUCAACAGCAGCAGCAACAACAACAACAACAGCAACAACAAUGGUUGAGAAGGACCCAAUUGGGUGGCGGUGGAAGUAAUGACAAUAACGUUGUUGAGGAGGUUGAGAAGACCGUACAGUCUGAAGCCGUGGACUCAAGUUCACAAGAUUGGAAGGCAAGAUUAAAGGUUCCACCGCCUGAUACACGCUAUAAGACUGAGGAUGUAACGGCAACUAAAGGAAAUGAAUUCGAGGAUUACUUUUUGAAGCGUGAGCUGCUCAUGGGAAUAUAUGAGAAGGGUUUUGAGAGACCUUCACCAAUCCAAGAAGAAAGCAUUCCAAUUGCUCUUACUGGCAGUGACAUUCUUGCAAGGGCUAAGAAUGGAACAGGCAAAACAGCUGCAUUUUGUAUUCCUGCAUUGGAAAAAAUUGAUCAAGAUAAUAAUGUUAUUCAAGUUGUUAUAUUGGUCCCAACCAGAGAAUUGGCCUUGCAGACUUCUCAAGUGUGUAAAGAACUCGGAAAACAUUUGAAAAUUCAGGUUAUGGUAACCACUGGUGGUACCAGCCUAAAAGAUGACAUUAUGCGUUUAUAUCAACCAGUUCAUUUGCUGGUUGGAACUCCAGGAAGAAUUUUGGAUCUUGCAAAGAAGGGCGUUUGUGUUUUGAAAGAUUGCUCUAUGCUAGUUAUGGAUGAGGCUGAUAAGCUUCUGUCCCCGGAGUUCCAACCUUCAAUAGAGCAGCUGAUUCAAUUUCUUCCUCCAACCCGUCAAAUCCUGAUGUUUUCUGCAACAUUUCCUGUUACUGUAAAGGACUUCAAAGAUAGAUAUCUUCGAAAGCCAUAUAUCAUUAAUCUUAUGGAUGAGCUAACUCUGAAGGGUAUCACACAGUAUUAUGCAUUUGUGGAAGAGAGACAGAAAGUCCACUGCCUAAAUACUCUUUUCUCUAAGCUUCAAAUAAACCAGUCAAUCAUCUUCUGUAAUUCAGUGAAUCGGGUUGAACUCCUUGCCAAGAAAAUAACAGAACUUGGAUAUUCUUGUUUCUAUAUUCAUGCAAAGAUGUUGCAAGACCACCGUAACAGAGUAUUUCACGAUUUCCGCAAUGGUGCAUGCAGGAAUCUUGUUUGUACUGAUCUUUUUACUAGAGGUAUAGACAUCCAAGCAGUCAACGUUGUUAUUAACUUUGAUUUUCCGAAGAACUCAGAAACCUAUCUGCACAGGGUUGGUCGUUCAGGAAGGUUUGGACACCUUGGUUUAGCAGUAAACUUGAUUACAUAUGAGGAUCGCUUCAAUUUAUAUAGGAUUGAACAAGAGCUUGGCACUGAAAUAAAACAAAUUCCACCACAUAUUGAUCAGGCUAUAUAUUGCCGGUGAGUGGUGCUAAAUACCUGUGUCGGACCCUCGACAGCGGUGAAUAGUCAUGGUUUUAAUGAAAUAUGAGGGUCGUUCAAGCACGCGCGCAUGAUUUUAAAUGUGUAUAUGCUAUGAAAAUUGUGGUAUUGUCAUUGUCAGACACUUCGAUGAACGAACACUGUUUCGUUCAUUUCUACUGUUGAUACUUGAGAGCCCUGGGACAUUAUUAGGACCUUCAGGAUGUUUAAUGUUGACUUUUAAAUGCCAGAUAACAUAUGCAGAUGUGUUUGUUACUAAAUAGUAUUUUUCGUUUUGUUUGACUUUGUUGGUAAUCCCCUCAACUAUAUUUAGGAAUGUACCAUGUUAUGAAGAUGUCCCUUGUUCUUAGUGGUGGUUGAUAUUUCAACAUAGUAUGUUACAUUGAAACAUUGUUUGUUUCAUGGUGAUCCUGGUUUGUUUUGAUUGCAUUCAUGGUGAUGAAUGCAAAGUUGUAGCAGCAUUUUGUAUCCAAGGUUAUGCUAUUUUAAUUUUUCAA